CCUUAUGAUUGGGCUCCAUCAAUACUUCCAAUCCAGAUCCUCCGAAUUGGGCAGUUUGUGAUUCUGUGUGUACCAGGAGAGUUCUCAACAAUGGCUGGGAGGCGUCUUCGCGAUUCGGUUAAGACAGUGCUAAGUAAUGACAAGGACUUUAAAAACAUGCAUGUUGUUGUAGCAGGGUUGACUAAUACUUAUUCGCAGUAUGUAACAACAUAUGAAGAGUACCAAGUGCAAAGAUACGAGGGUGCUUCCACACUAUAUGGUCCGCACACACUGAGCGCAUACAUUCAGGAGUUCAAGAAGCUUGCAAAGGCCCUCAUCAGCAGCGAACCGGUAGAACCCGGUCCACAACCCCCUGAUCUCCUGGAUAAGCAAAUAAGCUUCCUCCCACCAGUUGUGGUAGAUGGAACCCCACACGGAGUAGACUUCGGAGAUGUGUGCUCUGAUGUGCCUCAGAACUCCACCUUCAAAUGUGGUGACAUGGUGACAGCAUCAUUCUGGUCAGCCUGCCCAAGGAACGACCUCAUGACCGAAGGCACCUUUGCAUUGGUGGAAUUUCAUAAAGGUGAAGAUAAUUGGGUCCCUGUCUAUGAUGAUGACGAUUUUUGCUUGCGCUUUAAGUGGUCGAGGCCUUCCAAACUCAGUUCUAGGAGUAAAGCAACCAUAGAAUGGAGGAUACCAGAUGAUGUGAAUCCUGGUGUGUAUAGAAUAAGACAUUUUGGUGCUGCAAAGAGUUUAUUUGGUUCAAUUCACCACUUUACAGGUUCAUCAAGUGCGUUUGUGGUAGCAUAGAGUCAUAGAGGUAGUUUAAUUGCUCAUCACUUUUACUGUAUGUGUGAUUUUGAUGCUUAACUCUAUGGAGGUUAUUUGGUGAAUGAAUCCCUAUAGAAGGAUGAUACCAUUGUGUGUAUCAUUUGUUAUACA